CGCCCCCCACCCCACGCGGGACCAUGGCGCGCGGUGGGGUCUCAGCGCGACGGGCGCGACGCCCCCCCUCCUACGGCCGCGGGCGCGCGUGGGGCACGCUCGUCGCGACGCUCUUCGCGCUCGCGCUGCUGUCGUGCGCGAUCGCGCCCGCGGCGUGCGACGCGGACGACGGCGUGCGAGAGCGCGACGCGGCGCAGCUCCCGCACCUGGACGUGCGCGGGCACGACGACGAGCGAUGGCCGGAGCCGGAGCCGGAGCCGCCGAUUGCGCCGGAGCCGCAGCCGGAGCCGCGGUCGCGGUCGGUGCCGGCGACGGAUGAGGCGCCCGCGCGCGACGACGCGCCGGGGAGCGCCCCGGACGAGAUCUCCGCGCGCGGCGCGGAUCUCGAGAGCGACCGGGAUCAUCGCGCUCGCGCGCCCCCUCCGGAGACGGAGGAGACGGGCGACGACGUCCUCGGCGACCCGGACGACCUGAAGCGCUCGAACGAUCUCCGCGCGCAUCAGGAGGCCGACCGCGAGACGCACCGCGACGCGACCGCGGAGGACGCGACGGAGGAGGAUCGCGCGGCGCCGGAGGAGGAGGAGGACGCGCGCGGCCGCGACGAGGUGGAGGCGCGCGCGAACGCGUUUUACGGCGACGACGAGAGGUGGGACGAGCUCGACGCGCUCGAACGCGAGUUCGACCUCGCGACGGGCGACCUCGGCGACCUCGGCGACCUCGACACUCGCGACGAAAUCGGCGACGUCCACGGCGCGACGCGGGACGGCGGCGACGCGGCGACGCGAGAAGAUGCCGAGGACGCGAAGGACGACGCGGCGUUCGAGUUUGAGCGCGCGGAGCCGGAGACCGCGGAGGAGCGCGCCGCGCGUUUGAACGCGAGCGCGGCGGCGAGGGAGGCGUACGAAUACAAACUCGUGGAGAUGGAGGACAUGCUGUACGCGGUAGACGACGAACGCAGGGACGUCGUGCGGGCGUUUAAAGACUUGUUCGCCUUUGUCGCGAACGCGCCGACGGCGGAGGAGGCGCGGCGAGUCGCGAGAAAGUCCGCGGACGCCGCGAACGCGAAGCAGUCCAUGACCGCGAAGAAGAAGCUUCAAGACGCGGAGCGGAACAUCCUGCGCGCGUUCGGCGUCGACGUCGGCGACGGCGACGACGCCGCGGGCGUUCACUCGGAGAACGUCUUACUCAACGGCGAAGACGCGAUCGUCGUUGAGAAGAUACCCGGCACCGGCGCGGUGCACGUCAAGUUCAACUUUCAGAUGGCGGACGGCGAGCGAGGCCGCGGCGCGGCGCAGGCGGCGCAGGCGAUCAUGCAAGCGCUGGGGGUGGAGACGUCCUCGACGGGCGUCGACGCCGCCGCGGCCGCCGCGGAGGGCGCCGAUCCCGCGGCGGCGGUGGACGGCGUCGUCGUCGUCGACGCCGCGGGGGACGUCACCGCGACGACGACUUCCGCGACGACGGCGACGGCGACGGCUGACGCGGACGCGGACGCGGACGCGGACGCGGGGGCGAGCGAUGAAGCGGCGCGCCAGGCUGCCGCGGUCGAAGACGCGGCGGAGAAAGUUCGCGAGGUGAUCAAGAGCACGCUCG